AUGCAUCGAUUUUUUCCGCCGAGAAAUGUUUUAUACCCAAAUGAAAAUCCUGAAACGAGCAAAUCGAACUAUAAACGUUCAAAUUUUCGUAUGAAAUCAUCAUCACACGUCAUAUCGAAUCCAUCCAACGAAGAUUCGAAUCAAAAAUCGAACGCACGAGAAGUACGCAUUCGUUUGGUUUUCGUUCGUAUCGGCGAUAUCGAUACUCUAAAUGAAAAAUAUCAAGCUGAUGUUUACUUCGAAGCACGAUGGACGGAUACUAUGAAUGUCAGUUUACUUGAUUUGACAACCGAUCAACAAUCGCAAUUACUAUAUGAAAAUGGUAUCGUACGCCCAGAUAAAUUUGACGCGAAGGAGCACUGGACUCCUCAAUUAUAUAUAGAAAAUGCUAUUGGACAGAUUGGUGAACAAGAUAAGUGGUUUACGAUUAUGAAAAAAACGACUGAAAAGUCGGAAUCGUUAUUACCGCCGACAGCGAAUCUUGAAAUCUGCGAGCAUCGACGAUUUAAAGGAGUGUUCUGGGAAAAACUCGAAUUGAAUCAUUUUCCGGCUGAUGUUCAAGAUUUAACGAUAUCGAUCACAACACAUCAUCGCUUUGAAGAUUGUCAACUCGUGCAAGAUCCACAACUACGGUCGAGUAUUAAUCGCGAAGCGUUCUUCGAUCAACAGGAAUGGAAAUUGUACGAACAUGUCGAAACAGAAUUACGAGAAUCCAAAGAAGAAUAUUCAUAUGAAAAUGAAAGUUUUGGUAUCGUUCCAAAGAGGCAUUCAGUUCUAGCUGUUACCUGUCGCGCAGCGCGUCGACCUGCCUACUAUUAUUGGAAUGGCUUUUGUCUAAUUUUUCUAAUUACUAUCUGUGCAUUUUGUAUUUUUUCUAUUCCACCUGAUUUACCACAAAGUCGACUUCAAAUAACAUGUACUCUUCUUCUCACCUCCAUUACAUUUCGUUGGGUUGUCAAUCGAUCACUGCCGACAAUAUCUUAUCUUACAACAUUGGAUAAAUACGCUAUCAUUUCAAUAAUCAUGCUAGUCCUUCUAUGUAUCUGGCACGCAAUUAUUGCCGCGUUUAUUUUUCUCAAUCCUGACGUGGCAGUUUUGAAAGGUAUUGCGCAUACAAAUGUUUACGCCAAUAUCGAUCGAUACGUAUGUAUCGGUGCAAUCUUAUGCUACAUUAUAAUCCACAUUAUACUGUUGAUUUGGCUGAUCUGUGUACCUUAUAAACAACGACGAAAAAUGGAGUAUCUUGAUCGUGAAUAUGCGGCGAAGAAAUGUAUUCAGUCGAGUUUAAGUCCGAAAUCUUACAAAUCAAUGCAAUCUGACCCUAACGAUCUUGUCUUUCGGCGCGCAUCAUCUAUUCACGGACCAUUGCCGAUAGUCAAAUCUCCUGUUCGCCCGAAAAAACCAUCGGAAAGUGUGAUUGUGCUUCCUAAUCCUGCAGCAUUUGUUCCUAUCGAAGAGGAAACGAGCGAGUCAAUGACAAAAGGUGCUACUACUGUUCAGCUUGAGGAACAAGACGAUGUCUUCUAUGAUCAUACCAAUGAUAUUAAUUACGAACUGAAAAGCACUCAAGUUCAUCCUGUGGAAAAAUUAUGA